AUGCAGCCGACAGUGAACGCUUCAAUAAGAGUGAAGACGCAACAGAUGAUAAUACGCAAUGCAACUGCUGUGAAUAGCUUACCUCUUCGGAAAUGGAGAGUAGAAAUUUGUAUGCUGGACGAGAAGGGAGAUGAGAUAGAGGCUGAUGUGCUGUCAGAUUGUACCUUUCACCUACAUCCAACGUUUGAAAAGCCGACCAGGAAAGUCUCUACUCCACCGUUUGCCUUGGAGGAACAAGGUUGGGGCCAGUUCGAGAUCAAGAUACUUUGCAAUUACUUGGAAAAUGCUGGCAAGAUUAAUAUUCGACACCCACUACAGUUUGAAGAUGAUGCAUAUGCCAUUGACUAUUCUGUCCAGGUCCCUUAUCACACGGCAGAGCUACGAAGGAGAUUAGAAAGCCACUUCACUCUACAAGAGACAGCGGCACAAAUACCCCAAAAGUCGCAAACAGCGGCUUCUGGCAGCUGGAUCAAUUCAAUACCACUUUUAGAUGAGGAUGCGGUGACAGAGAUAGUGAGGAUGAUAGUAUCGCAUCCAGCGGUUCGGACCGAGGUCCUUAAACAUCCCAGACAUGAAGACUUCCUCAUGGCACUACAUCAACUGCCGACCGAGCUGCUGGAUGAAAUACGAGACUAUAUCGACAAUUCCGGGAGGUGA